UAAACUUUAGCUCUAGCGUCAUGCUAUUUAGCCGCCUAGCUAGUCAAAGUAACGUAUUCCUUUUAGGAGGUUCUCACUUUCUCUCACUUGCGGCAUUUGUUCGUAUGAGACAAGGAGAUGCAGCGUUUCACGCGAAGCUAUGUCAUUUAUUGUGGUUGAUUUUGCAUUGCGGAGAGCUUACCGUUAGCUCAAGUUAGCUAUUUUGUUUUGGGUGCUGACUGAGCCAGUAAUGGACCAACACCGAUCACACGGCUCCAGCGGCUGCAACCAGCGGUCAUCUUACAAAAGAGGGGGAGACGACGGGGGAAGAAAUCGCAGUGAUAAACGCUUCCGAACAAUCCACCAUCAGUCUGGAUCAGAUCCGGUGCAAAACCCUCCCACGUCUCAGGGUUUGAGCACCAGACGGGAGCUUUAUGAAAGAGACUUCCCCGUGUACAAGCAGCCCGUGGAAGUGGGGUGUUUUUCCCUGGACUCCGGGCGUAGAUUCUUCAAUGACAGCAGGCAGAUGAGAUACUAUGUAGAACCCGACCGGAAUCCUAAUUUUGACUUGAGAGACGGUUACACGGACCGUUUUACAAAGAGAGAUGACAGCGUGAAGGAGAAGCUGGACCACAUCCUGCGGUGGAUCGUGGUCAACAGAUCAAAACUAAACUCAAGGUCCACCACAACCUCAUCAUGCGGUUUAGAUGUGGACUUUGUGACCUGGAGAGGACACCUGACUAAGCUGCUGACCACUCCGUAUGAGACGCGAGAGGGCUGGUCGCUGGCAGUCACCAGGUUCAGAGACACCCUCUACAUCAGCGAGGUGGAAACCGAAGCUGCACGCAGGGAACGCGAGAAUCGCACGGAAAGGCAUGAGGAGAUGAUGUACUGGGGAUACAAGUUUGAGCAAUACAUAUGUGCAGAUAGCCUUCACAGUUCACCUGACCCAGGAGGAGUGGUUAACACCAAUGAAGCCUUUUGCACUGUGGUGCAGACUCGACUCUCAGAUCACAGACUCCUGUUUUCCGGCGAGGUCGACUGUCGGGAUAAAGACUCCAGUGCCUCCGCUCCUCCUGCUUCCUACGUUGAACUAAAGACGUCUGCAGAAAUCUGCACCCCCAAACAGCGCAGCAACUUCCACAGGUUUAAAUUGCUGAAAUGGUGGGCCCAGUCUUUUCUGCCCGGAGUUCCUCGUAUUGUCGCAGGCUUUCGAGAUCACGAGGGAACGGUCGUUUCUGUAGAGACUUUCCACGUUUCUAAGAUUUCCCAUCUCAUAAAGAAUGAAUACAACUGCUGGAAACCAACAGUCUGUAUGAAUUUUUGCUCUGAUUUCCUGUCUUUUGUGAAGUGUGUGGCUGUUGAAGACAAUCCCAGUGUGGUCUAUCUGUUCUGCUGGGAGCCUCGCAGAGAUGUGACAUACACCAUCCACAGGGACUCCCACUAUUCGUUUCUGCCACAUUGGUUUGUCCAGGAGAUGACAAAUAGUCAGGACUCGCACCAUCAGCCCUAAUUCACACUUUAAGCACAGUCUUGUACAUCUUACAUGUUUUCUCUUAGCACAUAAAGGGAAUUUUUAAAAUUAAUUUUUAAAAAUAUUUUUUACUGUACCGCCUGAUACAAAACAAUGAUUUUUUUUUGGUGUCAUGCUAAAAAUAAAACAAUGGUUUCA